CUGCUUUUCAUGCCCAAUCCAAGAGUUAGAACUUUAGAACUUAGAAGCAAGCAGAUUCGUCAUACACCGGCAGACCGGCUAAUACACCAUUCUUCUCCAAUUCAUAGUAAUUGCAGGAAAGAAUGGAUGCCAACAGGGGCCAAGGUGGAAUUCAGCUCUUGCUAGCUGCAGAACAAGAAGCUCAAUGCAUUGUCAAUGCUGCCAGAAAUGCAAAAAUGGGUAGACUAAAACAGGCCAAAGAUGAAGCUGAUAAAGAGAUCACUGAAUAUCGUGGUCACAUGGAAGCUGAAUUUCAGAAAAAAGUGGCAGAGACUAGCGGGGAUUCAGGUGCUAAUGUAAAGCGCCUUGAGAAAGAGACUCAAGCCAAGAUUCAACACUUAAAGUCAGAAGCUACAAGGAUCUCUCAGGAUGUCGUCCACAUGCUUCUGAGGCAUGUGACAACUUUGAAGAACUAAGCUAUUUUUGAGUAGGAUGGGUAUUAAGGAAAUGGUCAGGUUGCUGAUUUCUAAAACUUCCCUGGUACUUGAAUUGGAUCUAAUAAGUCUUGAUCGACGAAGAUGUUUUUUAUUCUUUUGUUUUACAUAUAUAUAUAUUGCAUGUAUUUAUUGAUUAGGGCGCUGCCUUUGAUCAAUAUUCAAAUAAACCACUUGAUUUUGCUCUCUUGUGGAUUUUCAGAAGUUUUUAAGUUGCAUUGGCUGAGUGCUUGUGGUUCGGGUUGAUAAGAUUGAGUGCCCGUUUGGGAGGGAUUUCCAGCAGGCAGCCGCGGCUUGGCAUUGCAAGUUAGGACGCACAUGGAAAGCCAGGAAGCUGUGUUUGGUGGAAACCCCGGAAAGCCAGAAAAACAAUGUCAUUGAGCUGAGAAAUCGACUUUCCGGUGAAACUAGUUUUGGUAGCUUUUCAGAAGCUUUUCAAUCAACAAAGAAGCCCUCCCAAACAGGCUCCAAAUUUAACUGAGUGGUACCAAAGAAAAAAAAAAAAA